AUGCACUCCCGAUUUCAUGGGAGUGCAUUCAGGAACAAGAUGCCAAAGGAUCCCGUAGUAACAGAUGUAGAAGAUCCUUUGAAAGAAUCUGGUUUACUCGGUCGAAAUCCUAGUGCAGUCAAUAUUAUUCGUUCAAAUACUUCACAAGCUACAUUAAAUUCUCCACAAACAGAUACAAUCAAAAUAACUCGUCCUAAAACAGCAUUUAGGCAAUUACAAAAACCAAAACAAACAACAAUUGACAUAGAAAAAUUAUUAAAAGAGCACAAUAUCACACCAAGACGCACAACAGAAACAACAACAUCAAUAUUUCAAGACACUAAACCAGAAGAAGGCCCUCAUGUGUUCUACGGAAAGGUUUUGCAGCCUAACGAACCACCUGCUGAGACAAACUUCUUGCAACUUUCUGAAAUGAUUGACAGAUUGAUGGAUCAUGGCGAUAUUGAUGCUGAAACCAUAUAUUAUAAGAUAUUUGGAGAUGUUGUCAGACAAUAUUAUAUCGAAUGUACAUUACAAGGUGAUGUAUUAGAGAAAUGUAGAACAUUCUUUUCUUCAGCGCAAAAAGAAAUACCUAAAAUCGAAAGAGAAUACAAACAAAAAGUCACUGAAGUUGAAGAUAAAAUAGAAAAAGUCAAUAAACUUGCAGAUCAAUACGGACCAGAAGUAAUUAAAAACAAAGAUCAUAGUGAACGAUUAACAAUAGCAAUUGCAGAUAAAAGAAAUGAUCUACAAGUUUUAAUUGAUCAUUAUGAUUCGAUUGUUAAGCAAGUAGGCUUAGCUUCUAAGGAAGCUGCAUCGAUAAAAGAGGAAAUGAAUCAAUUGGAUAAUAGAAUUGCCGAGAAAAACAAACAAUUAGUUGAAUUAAAUAAUGAAUUACGACAGUUAGAUACUUUAUCAACAAAUUAUACUGCGGAUACCCUUAGAUUUGCAGAAAAUCUUAAAAUGCUUAGACAGCAACAAGAAGAAUCAAGAAAAGGAAUACAAGACGCGAAUAAUGAAAUGCAAGACUUCAAAAACGAUAUAAUGGCAUUAGAUAGAGAAAUUCUAACAGCAACAGAGACAAUAGAGAAGAGUCGCGUUGUUCCCGAUAAGUCUCCUAUUGAAAUUCAGUGUGAUAUUAUCAGUCGAAGAUUAUUUGCUCCAAAGAAGAUCAAAAGAAUCUCACACGCAGGAGAUAGACCAUCAGUAGCAGGAUCGACAUCAAAUAUUGAGUUCGAAGACGAUGUUUUCAAACCAAUUUUGAAUGCUUACAAUAAUGCGACCAAACAAAACUACGGACAGAAGAAAAUCAAUGUCCAGACAUACGAAGACUUCGCAACACUUAAACAUAUCAUCCUGAAUAACGACAAGGAGUUCAGAAUGGAUGACGAAGACAUAAAACAAGGUGAAGCAGGAGAAGUUGAAAUAAAAAAGGACAAUACGGACUUUUUGAGGUUAUUUGCAUCAAAAAUCGUAUCAGAUGCAAUAUACAGAGCAUGCAGAACUAAACCUGUUACUACUGCAACAACACAAUCUUUACUUCCUCAACCAAAAGUUGAAACAGAAAUUCAACAAAAAACGGAGCCACAAGCAAAAACAACUUUUUUGGGUUUGCUCAAAACAAACUAUUCAAACAGAGCUCCAAAGCGUCUUGAAUGGUUAUUAACAGAGAUCAGACAAAUCCUCAGUGAAAAAACUGCAGAAAAUGCUGAUCUUAUUGCUGAUAAAAAACCAUUGACACCUUUUCCGAAAUUUGUUUUUGAUUACGCGAAAAGGUUGAUGAAACUGGAUUAUAUGACUGACCAAUAUUGUUGGGACCUUUACAUCUCUUGUCAUGAACAUGCGGAUAGGACUCCUGAAGUUGAGUUAUUCACUUGUUUCUUGGACCAAGUAUUCAAUGACGAACAAUUGGCUUUUGCUUUACGCGCGAGGACAGAUUGUAUCAAAGUUGGUUGUAGCAUACCAAUAAAGACAAGGGACCAACUGGAAACGCUGUCAGAAUACUAUUUGAGCCAAGACCAGAUAGAGAAAGCCCUUAAAAGAUGGUGGGCUGCAAGAUAUCAAAACAGAUUUUACAUUGACAUUUUGGAAUUGUCAAUUGCAAGACCUGCGAUACAUUUGGAGUCGACAAAAAGAUAUGUUGCAAUGCAGGAUAUAUUACAGAAGUGUAUUAUUGAGUAUCAAAACGAUGUAAUUGCAAGAUUGAAUGAACAAUUACUUCUAUACAGAAUAAUUCCUAGAUUAUCAGCACAGGGAUUUAAUGACUUAAUGUAUCAGUUAAUUCCUGCUUUAACUCAAAGCCAAGUUGAAGAUUUCUACAGAUCUACGGUUACUAAGGCCAAACAAAGAGAAGACGUCGACAUCGAUGGCUUCAUUGAGAUAUUCAAAGAAGGCUGCUUGCUUUAUCAUCAGAACUUUAAAGAAAGCAGCAGAAAAACUCAAAUGGAAGCUGAUGAUGUUCAUGCAACUGUAGAAACUCUUUGGUUCAGAAGCCAAGCUAAUAUAAAGAAGAUUAUAGAGUUCUUUACUAACCAAUUGGCUUUGCAACCAGAUAAUUUAACUUUGAGAACUUAUUUAGAUGACGCAAAUAGAUAUAUGUCAAUGCUUAACCACUCAUUGACAACAAGCGAUGGAGUUGCAGGUGUCCAACACUAUUUCUCUCUCAUAUUUACGUUGGAUGUGAUGUAUAGUACAAUAUCAUAUAUUGAUGCUGAACUGUUUAAGCCAUCUCUCAUAUCAGCAGAGUGUGCAAUUCGCGAAUCAUGGCUUGAUGCUUUCUUAUCGUAA